UGGGGAUUCUGCCUUAUUAUAAAUUCAUCUGGGCUGGACAGUCCCCGGAGCAUGUGGCCCAAAGGGCAGGAGAGAGGCUCCUUUCACCGAGGCUGGUGUGGAAAGGCCGAUCUGUUUCUCUGCCCUUAAUGUCUAUUUCUCUUACUGCUCCCAGGUUCUCCUCUGGCUUCUCCUUCUACGGCCUGGCUUUGGACCUGCAGAAAUUCGGGUUCAGCAUUUACUGGGUCCAGAUCGUGUUUGCAGCGGUAGACGUGCCUUCGAAGCUUCUGGUGGCCUUUGGCAUGGUUUACCUUGGCCGCCGAAUCACCCUCAUCUCCUUCCUGCUCUUGGGAGGAUCCAUGAUCAUAAUAAAUAUGUUUGUCCCUUCAGACUUGGCGGUUGUCCAGAUGAUCCUGGCUCUGCUGGGGAAAGGGGGCCUGUCUGGUUCGUUUGCUUGCCUCUACCAGUACACACUGGAGUUGUUUCCCACAGAAAUCCGGUAA